AUGGCGUUCGAGAAGAUCAAGGUCUCCAACCCAAUCGUCGAGAUGGACGGUGAUGAGAUGACCAGGGUAUUCUGGCAGUCUAUCAAGGACAAGCUUAUUUUUCCAUUUCUUGAUCUGGACAUCAAGUACUAUGAUUUGGGGAUACUGCACCGUGACGCAACUGAUGACAAGGUCACAGUGGAGGCUGCAGAGGCUACUCUCAAGUACAAUGUGGCUAUUAAGUGUGCGACCAUCACUCCAGAUGAAACUCGGGUUAAGGAGUUCAAUCUGAAGCACAUGUGGAAGAGCCCAAAUGGCACAAUUAGGAACAUUAUAAACGGCACUGUGUUCAGAGAGCCGAUUAUAUGCAAAAACGUGCCAAGGCUUGUUCCAGGAUGGACUAAGCCCAUCUGCAUUGGGAGGCAUGCCUUCGGUGAUCAGUACCGAGCUACUGAUGCGGUUCUGAAGGGGCCUGGGAAGCUGAAGCUAGUUUUUGAGGGAAAAGAAGAACAGAUUGAUCUGGAGGUGUUCAACUUCACUGGCGCUGGAGGAGUUGCCUUGUCUAUGUACAACACUGACGAGUCAAUUCGAGCUUUUGCCGAGGCUUCUAUGACAACUGCUUAUGAGAAGAAAUGGCCGCUCUACCUUAGCACCAAAAACACAAUCCUGAAAAAAUACGAUGGCAGGUUUAAGGACAUUUUCCAGGAGGUCUAUGAAGCUGGCUGGAAAUCCAAAUUUGAGGCUGCUGGAAUAUGGUAUGAGCAUCGUCUUAUUGAUGACAUGGUUGCGUAUGCGCUUAAGAGUGAAGGAGGCUAUGUGUGGGCUUGCAAGAACUACGAUGGAGAUGUGCAGAGUGAUUUCUUAGCUCAAGGUUUUGGCUCUUUGGGUCUGAUGGCAUCAGUGUUGGUGUGCCCUGAUGGAAAAACCAUUGAAGCUGAAGCUGCCCAUGGCACAGUUACCCGUCAUUUCCGUGUUCACCAGAAAGGAGGUGAAACCAGUACGAACAGCAUUGCUUCAAUCUUUGCAUGGACAAGAGGACUUGCACACAGGGCAAAGCUGGAUGACAAUGCUAGGCUACUCGACUUUGCUCUCAAACUCGAGGCUGCUUGUGUUGGAACUGUGGAGUCUGGGAAGAUGACUAAAGAUCUUGCACUUCUUGUUCAUGGAUCUUCCAACGUCACAAGGAGCCAUUACCUGAACACUGAAGAGUUCAUCGAUGCAGUUGUUACUGAGCUCCGAUCAAGAUUAGGAGCCAAUUGA